GUUGUUUUAUCCAAAAAACUUUCUGCAACUUCUUGUGCUGAAGUAGAUUGCCUUUUUCUAACUCGGCGUCGGCCUGCAUCAAAUAUUCAAAUAUAAAAAUGGUUCUAUCACAGCCCGCAGGUGCGAUGUGUGGUGUAUUCUUGCUGCACAGUGGGCUGCUCACUUGGUGCUGGCAUGAAGACAUUUUUCAUGCACCUACACCGUUAGAAACCUCUACCGCCUUCCAAUUCUGCCUACUUCUCGCCAUUGUCGUCUUCAAUUACUCUGCUACAGCGCUCUCGGAUCCGGGGUGUCUUCCUACCGGCGAUGACUCAAGCUCGACCGCUGCUCCCUUAAUGCAUCAUUCGAUUACGUCCGGUGUUCACGAUGAAUUUCACCUGCAGCAUUAUCCGUCAACGCAGGAACUACAUCAAGAUGGAAGCGGACGAGGAAGCGGAAACAGCAAUGCACCUCCGAACCCACGUAACGGCGCCCCCGUCCUCAAUCCGUGGUGCCGGGUCUGUCGUACCUACAGGCGUCUACGCACCAAGCACUGCCGUGAUUGCGGGCGCUGCGUCCGAACAUUCGAUCAUCACUGCCCAUGGAUAGGGAAUUUAUGAAAACACUGCGAAGACCACGACUUAACUACACUACAUAAGCAAACAACAACAAAACUGUCCUCGCAGAGUCGCAGCAGUCACUUCAUCCAGUGGACAGAGAGUUUUUCGUCUCAUUUGUGAAAUAGGUUUCUUGACUAACUAAGGUUAGCAAGGUUACUUAUUCUUAUUCACUCCAGAAUCCUUGUUCUGACACAAAGUAGUGCUCGUGCUAGCAGGUGUAGGUAUCGUACAACUCGGUGGAAGACUGGAAGUGUUAGCAUACCACAAACGACGCGCCCUUCCCCUACGUAAAUGAAGUAGUCAGCUCUUAAUGCGCAUGUGUGGGCGAAGGGAAUCGAGCUUUUUUCUUCGCUUUCGUUUUUUGGCAGCUCGCAGAACUCUGUUUUGUUGGAUGGCGAGCAUUACUGCUUUUGGAUAGCGCAGUCUUUCGAAAAUUUUCGGACGCCUAUCCAUCUGACGAGGACCACUACAAUAACUCUGCCGCUGGUGGAGACGUGAGUUCUAUGCAGAUCGCGACUCGUGCACAUAUACAUGAUAACGCUGUAGGUGUGUGGUCUUCAGGAGAUCAGAACAAUUCCCUUAGACGAACGUCGUUGCAACCAGAGCAAGGCAUGUCAAUGUUGACUACCUCUCCUGCAUCGUCCUUGUUGGUACGAGGACACCUCGCGCACUACGACAGGAGAAGUAGAGAUGGCAAUAUUAAGUCGCCACCAGCGCCAGCCAAUGGAAUGACAUACUUGCGAGCGUUGGGCGGCUACAGUUUCGAUCAGGACAAUGUCGCGUUUGCCACGACUCCUGCAGUAGACCCGCCAGCGGGCCAGCACUUUUCGCUUUUGAUGCUCUUCCUAGUUCUUUUCGUGUUUGCGGUGGCGCUCCUGAUGCUAUUGGGCACACAUAUUUACCUCAUCUCUGCAAAUGUGACGACUUGGGAAAUGCUGAAGGGGCAGCGCAUUCCCUAUCUGCGGGCCGCCGCAGAAAGCGCGCGUGCUUCUCAAGGCCAGACCGUUGGCGCAAACAGUUCUAGAAGAUCGGCAGUAAUGCGUGGCUCACCAUUCAGUACCGGAAUAGUGUCGAAUUGGCUUACUUUUUUUCUUCCUGGACGCACACCGCUCUGGCGAUGCAGCCGACUUUAUCGGAAAUUCGUUUUCCUAUUUUUUCGUCGCAGUGGAGUAUCCAGUCCCGGGAGAGGACAAACCUUACGAAGGCCACAAGACGAUGACAUUUUUGAUGAGAACGGUGCAAUCGGUUCCGAUGGACUCGCAUCAGGCAGCUCGACUGAAGACCACCGGCAGCGUAAAAUACUCGAUCAAAGUACUCUUGGAGGCGUGACUCCUGUAACAAGAACAUCCUCGUCUCCAUGGAAGGGAGAUCAUUAUCACCAACUAGUUGGCGGUGUUUCAACCAGCGCCUCUUCGCACUGGAGUGGCGAUAGCCACAGUGUUCCCAUUAGUCCAGCAUGUGACUUGGAAGUAAAAGAGUCAACUCCGCCUUAUGCUGGUGCAUCAUCAGAAAAAUCUAGUCCAUCGAACAAUAUCCUCGCUAACGGUACUAACGACGUUGAUACUAGCUGUCGUAGUACACCCGCAGUUCAACUGUUUUCGGACGAUGCAACAUUUUCUCUUGAUCCCAGAAGCUUGCUAGAAGACGACCAGGAGGCGUCGGGAUCUCCUCGACUGAGUUUGCGUGAUCGACUCAAAGCAGGUGUGACCUCUGCCCUGGCCGCGUGCUUUUCGUCGUGCGUCUCACGACGGCAGCAUCAAAGACAAGGCAGUUCUGGUGA